UCCUGCGAAUCGUGAAGUUUUCGUACCGCGAGUACAUUUCCCGCGUACGAGUUUAGUCACGUUCAGACACGUUCUCACGGUGUUUCGCGCCGUACUUGUUGACUUUCGCGGACGACGCCGCUUGAGAAUAUUGCACGUUGCCUUUGCGAUAUAAUCGGACGAACCUCUAGUCGUCGUUAAGGUAAAUAGUUCAAAGCCGUUUUGGCCGCGGCUCUUUCGUCGCCUGCACCGAGACCACAGCGAUUUCCACGAUUAUGGUUGAACUUUUGCCACCUUUAUAAGUACAGUCGUAUCAGAAGAUUUAGAUCUAACCUACUGACCACUGGACGCCCGCAUGUGACCGUGACGUAGCAACUCUUCUGAUCUGCCAAAUUGCUCUGUACAGCUUGGAAAUACCUCUGUAACUAUACAGCACCCAGAGAAUUUACAAAAUAUACAUUUUGACUGUACGAGUGGAGAUUUAUCGGAAAGAUAAGAUUGUCGACGUUUUUCAAUAAACAGAGGAUUAGGUUUCACGACUGGUCUUGAUCGGGUCAUCUUAGCACAGGGUUCCAGGAAUCGUCUUGACCUCGUCACCUCGGCACAUGCAUCCAUAUUAAUCAGAAUCACUUUGGAACUUCAGUGUCGACUAUUUUGAACUCCGUAUUAUACCUAUACUCGCGAUCCGGCGGCAUUCGAGGCGGGUAACGUACAGAUCGCGAACAUGAUCGGCGCCGACCUCUAAAGGACAAUGAACGACGACGACGGCGGCGGCGGUGGCGGUGCAGACGGGCGGCGUUCGGUCCGGCACCACGGCAAGCACCACAAAAUGGCACCGCCCAACAGAUGGCCGACCACAGGCGGGUCGGUGGCCGCGGCGUCGGUGGCCGACGUCGUCCGCCCGGCCGCGUCCGUCGUGGGCCGUCACCACCGCCGGCACGACGUGCUGGCCGCUGCGGCCGGCGUCAACGACACCGCGGCCAGGUCACCGCAGCCGCCGCCGCCACCGCAUGUGCUGCAGCACGCCGCACCGGACAGCAUGUGCUACACGACCAACGAAGUGCUCGUCAUCAUCGCCGUCACGUGUUUCCUGAACUUUGCGUUCAUUUUGCUCAUCAUGACGUGCGUGCACUGCUUCACAGACCCAUCGCAUCACAAAAAAUUCGGGUCAGUGGCGUACGCGGAACUCGGCGACGAGCUGUUCGACGCGGACAUGAUCGACGGGGACACGGUGACGCUGCUGAACCCGACCAAAUCGACGCGAGACGCGCUGGACUACGCGUACGAGAAGAAAAACGGCAUCAGCGAAUGCGAUCUGGAGUCGUGCGCACCCUACCGAGGCCUGAUACGUGACCACCGCUGCAAGUCCAGGAGGAAAUCCGAAGACGACCUGCUCAACGCCGCGUUCGAAUGACCUCGAUGGGCGAUCGCCCCGGACAGGUGCCGGGCGCGGUCCGACACGUUCGUGUUGAAGACCCUGGGUCGAGUGGAAAAGAAAACGCACCGUCGGUUCGGCUGGACCAGAUCGGCGACGGGGCCACGACGUUGCAACAAGUAUAUUCUGCCGUGACCUAGGCAACACGUCUUAUGCGCCGCAUAUAAUAUGAUAACAUAAUAAUAAAUUAUAAUUUGUAAUAGUACGCCCCCCAGUCGUGUGUCGUCCAACUCACCUAUGACCCGACCCAUAGCAGUAUAUUAUAUAUAGUUGCUGACCUAUGUAUCGUCCAUUCGUGUCCACGUCCAUGCGACACGUGCCAAGUCGAAAAUGUACUUUGCUUUUAUGUAGUUCUGAAGUUUGUAUCGUUCCAUGACACUCCUUGAGUGGUACGAAAAUCUCAAAGAAUUUAAAAAGAUUAUAUUGAGGUAUAUUUAAAAAAAUCUUAAGUCAGAAUUGGAAUUCAUUAAUAUUAUUAAAGAAAAAAAUUGGUAUGAACCUGCUAAGAGAAUUACCCCACAGUACAUUAAAAGAAAAUUUGAUCCAAUUGUAUCUACUAAUUCUAAUCACUUCAGCUACUAAAUAUUUUUUACGGGUUGUCCAAAAAUGUAUAAAAAGAUUUUUUUUAAGUUUGGACGGAAUAGAAAACUUACUCUCGGAAAUCAUUGUUUUGGACUUUCAGUACUUUGCAUGAACGAGGACGAUAUAAUAUAUACUCUUAAAGACCUGUUUAAAGCUAAAUUCAAGGUCUCUUUCCCCCAACCAGCAACAAAUAAUGUAUGUAACACUUCAAUUUGGAAACAUUUGAAUUGAAUCCUGAUGUAUCUAUUUUAAUAUUCCCAACCGACCUUCGCAUUGUAUGGUUCACAAUCCAGGCAAAUAAAAUAUGCCUAUAGGUAGGUAUAGGUAUCAAUGGGUUUUCAAACCAAAAAAUGCACUAAAAUCGUUUAUGUAUCAAAUAGAAUAAGAUACUAUACAAUUUAAGAUAAUAUAUAAAUUUAACAUAUUUGUGACAUUAUAAUAUACACAAGGUAAGAGCUGAGACUAUGCAAGUGCUAUUCAGAGUUACAUAGGUACCUACCUAUCCCAUCAAUGAGCUAUACAUAUAUACUAAAAAUGUAAUUUACAAACAUAAUAGUCACCAUAACUAGCAAUCUCUAUACCCAUUUUGGGUACGUAAAUUACUCGCAACAAUUAUUAUAUGUGGGACACAUAUGUACAGUAUAACAAUUCACCUAAAAUAUCGGCUACUUAUCCACAGUACGCACAUUAUAGAUUUGGAAUCCAAUUCAAUUUCCCCAUACGAAACACCUUACAAACGUGUAAAAGUACCUAAGUAUACUGAUUUUCAUCCAUUCUUUUGACAAUGUUUCUAAUUAAUACGUAGGGACUAUUUAUUUAAACGAUUAGGUAUUUGCCUCGUAAAUAGCCAUUAACGAACAAAAAACGAUUUCGUGGAAUGUUAUUGUGGAGAUUUUAAUGACUGUUAAUAACCUAACCUACAUGAUUCUAAGCAAAUUAUCAUUUUAUAUAUUUACAUGAUUUCGCAUGAUUUGCAUGCAACGUUGCCAUUAUAUAUGAUUUGUCUGAUCUAGUUAAUCGUUACCAUAAAUUGUAAUUUAUAAUAUUUAAAAAUGUAUAAUAUAUUUGCUAAAUUAAAUUAAUACUAAAACUUUUUGUACUAAAACUUACGAGAAACAGUGUAUCGAGUAUAUAUUUUAUUCUGAUAUAUAAAACUAAAAUAAUAAUUUGAAAAUAGAUAUACAUUUUAAGUUAUUCACAAUAGUUGUAGUACAUAGUAUUUUUAUGAUUUUUCAAUUUUCAAUUAUUUUAAUAAUUUUUGAUGUGAUGCUUUUUUGGAAAAAAUGAAAUUUAGAAUACAGAGUUAAAUUUAUGAACUGUAAACUGUAUGUAAUGCUGCUGACAUACGAAAAAACAAGAUGUUUUGAGAUCAAAUUAAAACUUAUAAAACUCCCUACCAAUUCCAAAAUACAUUGUGUAUACAUUCCGGUAUGGCAACGUUGCAUUUAAAAACACGUGAAAUCGUGUACUCCUAUGAAAAUACAAUUUUCGAAAUCGUAUCACCAGUUGAUGCUCGUGUUUUGAAAGGUCACACAAAAUAGUACAUCACAAAUUCCAAUCAUAUUAUUAAUUAUAUUGCACGAUAUCAUCUAUUCAUAUCUACUACCUAUUUGGUGACUGGUCACGAAACACCGGUCAUAACUCUGGACCAGGGUUCUGUUUCGUACACCAACGCUGUUCGCGUUGAACGUGCAGUGUAUGCCGAGGAGGAAACGACACUUCUGCCGAUAAGAAAAAAAGCAAUCCGACAUGUUGCGCUGUACCUAGGUUGCUCUUCGACAUUUCGAGACGACAGUGUUGUGGACACUCGUCCAUCAUAAAAUAAUAAUAUAAACUGUACUAACACAUAUUAUCAUUUUCAUCGGUCCCAGAUCGAGAUAGGGUUAAUUUCCCCUCUUUUAGACAGUCAUCGUGUUGGUGAGUAGCUUUUAUUCCUAUUACACCCCCUCAUCACCCUCUUGAAUGUACCUGACCCCAAAAAUCACUAAUCGCGUACCCUGUUUACGGGUACGUUGUUAGGAACCUAUGUAAUAUUAAUCAAUAUUAAUUACGUGUGUACUGUGUGGGUACAUAAUAUAUCGUCCCAUAUCUCAUACGUGGACAUUAAUGUUUACAAUAAUUAUUGUAUUAUAUAAUAUUAUAUAGCUAUAUAAUAACUAUAUGUUCGUCGCAUUUACUUUAUUAUGUAUAUCGGUACAAUUAAUAUACAAUAGGUACUGUUUUAAAUCGAUUGGGUUUACCUAUCGUCAACUAUAUUAUAUGUUUACCGUUUUUAAAUAUUAAUAUCGAAUUGCCUCUUAUCAUCUUCAUUGUACAAUAAUAAUAAAAUAAUAAUAAUAUGUAUGCAAGCUCCCGAUUAGUCUUGUACUUAUCUGAAUUCGUUCGACUAUAAUAUAAUGAUAUAAUAUUAUUAUAUUACAUUGAUAUUUUAUUGUACUUGUCGGUAGUUGGUACUCGUGUGCAUACAUAAAACAUUACAUCCCGUGAAAUACCGCACGUAUUCUAGAUACUAUUAUUGAAAAGUACCUAUAGUUAUAUUUAGUCUAAUUUACGUAACACUAGUUUGAAAUCUUAUUUAAUUGUUUUAAUAAAUCAUGAUCAAUGAUCAAUAUUGAUUUGAUUGUA